UUGCUCACCAGGGAACUCAGAGACAAUGACUUGGUUCCUGUUCAGAACCACAAGGGUUCUGGCCAUUUUAAUGGUGGUCCUACUGGUUCAUGGAGAAUUGAGAAUAGAGACAAAUGGAGAAAAUGGGACAGCAGUACAACAAGCCAAAAGGAGAUAUAAACGUGAAUGGGUGAAAUUUGCAAAACCCUGCAGAGAAGGAGAAGACAACUCAAAGAGAAAUCCAAUUGCCACAAUUACUUCAGAUUUCCAAGCAACUCAGAAAAUUACCUACCAUAUUUCUGGAAUAGGAAUUGAUCAGCCCCCUUUUGGAAUCUUUGCUGUUGACAGAAAUACUGGAGAAAUUAACAUAACAGCCAUAGUGGAUCGUGAGGAAACCCCAAGCUUCCAGAUUACAUGUCGAGCUUUAAAUGCCCAAGGACGAGAUGUAGAGAAACCACUUAUACUAACGGUCAAAAUUUUAGAUAUCAAUGACAACCCUCCAGUAUUUUCACAAAGUAUAUUUAUGGGUGAAAUUGAAGAAAAUAGUCCUUCAAACUCGCUGGUGAUGAUACUAAAUGCUACGGAUGCAGAUGAACCAAACCAUAUGAACUCUAAAAUUGCAUUCAAAAUCGUCUCUCAGGAACCUGCAGGCAUGCCCAUGUUCCUCCUAAGCCGACACACUGGGGAAGUCCGUACUUUAACCAGUUCUCUUGAUCGAGAGCAAGUUAGCAACUACCGUCUGAUUGUGAGUGGUGCAGACAGAGAUGGAGAAGGACUAUCAGCUCAAUGUGAGAGCAGUAUUAAAGUGAAAGAUGUCAAUGAUAACUUCCCAAUGUUCAAAGAGUCCCAGUAUUCAACACGUAUUGAGGAAAAUACUUUAAGUUCUGAGUUGCUUCGAUUUCAAGUAAUAGAUUUGGAUGAAGAGUUCACAGAUAAUUGGCUUGCAGUAUAUUUUUUUACCUCUGGAAAUGAAGGAAAUUGGUUUGAAAUCCAAACUGAUUCCAGAACUAAUGAAGGCAUCCUGAAGGUAGUUAAGGCUCUAGAUUAUGAACAACUACAAAGUGUGCAAUUUAGUAUUGCUGUCAAAAACAAAGCUGAAUUUCACCAGUCAGUUAUCUCUCAAUAUCGAGUCCAUUCGACCCCUGUCACUAUUCAAGUUAUAAAUGUGCAAGAAGGAAUUGCAUUCCGUCCUGCUUCCAAGACAUUUACUGUCGAGAAAGGCAUAAGUAGUAAAAAAUUAGUCAAUUACAUCCUGGGAACAUAUCAAGCUAUUGAUGAAGACACUGGCAAAGCUGCCUCAAAUGUCAGAUAUGUCAUGGGACGUAAUGAUGGUGGUUUGCUAAUUAUUGAUUCCAAAACUGCUCAAAUCAGAUUUGUCAAAAACAUGGAUCGGGAUUCUACUAUUAUAGUUAACAAGACAAUCACAGCUGAGGUCCUGGCCAUAGAUGAAAACACAGGUAAAACAUCUACAGGCACCGUAUAUGUUAAAGUUCCUGGUUUUAAUGAAAAUUGUCCAACGACUGUCCUCGAAAAGGAAGUAAUUUGCAGCUCAUUGCCUUCUGUGGUCGUCUCAGCUAGAGUACAGGACAAUGAUAAAUACACUGGCCCCUACACAUUUUCACUGGAGGAGCAACCUCAAAAAUUGCCAGCUGUGUGGAGUAUCACAACACUCAAUGCCACCUCUGCACUCCUAACAGCCCAGCAGCAGGUAUCUCCUGGAGAGUACAAAGUCUCCCUCAUACUUAAAGACAGCGAAGAGCGGCUGUGCGAGACACCGGAGAGUUUGACUCUCACGGUCUGUCAGUGCGACUACAGGGACACCUGUACCCCCACAAACCCCAACCGUUUCACAGAGCAGUCAUCUGUGAGGCUGGGGCCUGCUGCCAUCGGCCUGAUACUCCUUGGUCUUUUGCUAUUGCUGUUGGCCCCCCUUCUGCUGCUAACUUGUGACUGCGGGACAGGUCCUGCGGGAGGAGUGGCAGGUGGAUUUAUCCCAGUUUCUGACGGUUCAGAAGGAACAAUGCAUCAGUGGGGAAUUGAAGGAGCCCAACCUGAAGACAAGGAAAUCACAAAUAUUUGUGCGCCACUUAUAACUUCCAGUGGAGCUGAUUUCGUGGAAAAUUCUGAUGUGUGCACAAACACAUGUGCCAGAGGAAUGGCAGUGGAAGGAGCUUCGGGAAUUGAACUGACCACCAAGCUUGGAGCAGCUGCAGCAUCUGGAGGAGCUGCAGCAUCUGGAGCAGCUGCAGGAUUUGGAGCAACCACUGGACUUGGCUUCUGUUCUACAGUACAGUCUGGAACAAUGAGAACAAGGCAUUCCACCGGAGGAACCCAUAAGGACUAUAGUGAAGGGGCAAUAAACAUGAAUUUCUUGGACACCUACUUUUCUCAGAAAGCAUUUGCCUGUGCAGAGGAAGACGAUGGCCAGGAAGCAAACGACUGCUUGUUGAUCUAUGACAACGAAGGACUGGGCGCCCCUGGUUCUCCUGUGGGUUCUCUGGGUUGUUGCAGUUUUAUUGCCGAUGAGCUGGAUGAGAGCUUCUUGGACUCGCUCGGCCCCAAAUUUAAAAAACUUGCAGAGAUAAGCCUCGAGUGUGAUGACAAAGCUAAACAAUCUCAGACACUCACCAAAAACGGUGGUUCUGGUGCUGAAUUCUGUAGCCAUUCAAUAGAAAUCCAGCAGUCAGAAUCUGCUAGGUGCCAGACUUUGCCAGGUAGUCAAGGAGCUACUGCUUUGUCUGCUUCCGGUUCUGUCCUCCAACCAGCCAUUCCCAUCCCUGACCCUUUGCAGCAGGGUAGCUAUUUGGUAACAGAGACUUACUCAGCUUCUGGUUCCCUCGUGCAACCUUCCACUGCAGCCUUUGAUCCACUUCUCACACAAAAUGUGAUAGUGACAGAAAGAGCAUUUUGUCCCAUUUCCAAUGGUUCUGGCAACCUACAUGGUCCAACGGAGCUACGAGGGUCACAUAAAAUGAUCUGUACAGAAGAUCCUUGUUCCCGUCUGAUAUGACCACAAUGAACUGAAAUAACAUGCUGGCUGAAUACAGAUAUUUGGACCAAAUUAUCCAGUAUAACAUAUCAAAUUUCACAGUAUUGGUCUAAUUUGACCCAUACUUUGCUACUCUCAUGAACUGAUCAUAAUUACAGUUAAAAUUAUCUAGUUCAUACCCCCAAAGUGAAUAUGUUGUCACUCUUAAUUCUCCAAUACUAUUCAAGUUGUAGUAAAUUAUGUUUUUCAAACUAUCUUACCGUAUUCAGUAGGAAAAUUUCUUAAAAAUUUUAAACUUCUAUUUUUGCGGUGCCAAUGAAAGGUGUUUAUCACUUUAAAACACGAUGUAC